UAUGGAAUUAGUUUGGGACGGUUGAACACCCGGCGUCCUUUUCCCAAAAUUAAAGACCACCAAGAAGCAGGACAAUCCGCGCAAAAUCAGCUCAAAUUAGUAGGCCUUUGAAAUUAGGGUUUUCUGUAGAGGCCCUUUAAUUAAAACCUUUUUUGGUCCACCCUUUCACGGAGCUUUGCAGAAAUGGUGAACUACAAGUUCCAUCAGUACCAGGUUGUGGGGAGAGCUUUGCCAUCUAAAACAGAUGAGCAUCCCAAGAUUUAUCGUAUGAAGCUCUGGGCUACUAAUGAAGUUCGUGCUAAGUCCAAAUUCUGGUAUUUUUUGAGGAAACUUAAGAAGGUGAAGAAGAGUAAUGGUCAGAUGCUGGCUAUUAAUGAGAUCUUUGAGAAGUACCCAACAAAAAUCAAGAACUAUGGUAUUUGGCUGCGUUACCAAAGUAGAACUGGAUAUCAUAAUAUGUACAAGGAGUACCGUGACACGACAUUGAAUGGUGGUGUGGAGCAGAUGUACACUGAGAUGGCUUCUCGCCACAGAGUUCGCCAUCACUGCAUCCAGAUAAUAAAGACGGCUACAAUUCCAGCUAAGCUCUGCAAGAGGGAGAGCACAAAACAGUUCCAUGACUCCAAGAUCAAGUUCCCCUUGGUGUUCAAGAAAGUCAGGCCACCAAGUAGGAAACUGAAGACCACAUACAAGGCUACCAAGCCCAACUUGUUCAUGUAAAACAUGUUUAGUCAUGUGCGUUGAGAAGCAAUUUUUAAAUUCUCCAGUUUUGGUGCUCUUUAGUUAUGUUGAAUUAGUAUUCAUUGUGAAAGAGAGAAGGGGGAAACCUUUUUGUUUUGAUCAAGUGAUAAUGGUUGCUAGAAUAUUUUCAAUCAUGGUACUUUGUUUGCUUUA